UGUUACAGGAACUUACUUAACAAGCAAUGUCAAACCCAUCUGCAUAUAUACAUGUGUCUCAACAGCAGAAGCGAUGACAUUCAUAGAGGGAUUCAGAGAGGAACAUCAGGACUAGGAAAGUUUAAAUUUUUUUGGCCUCAAAUCUAUCCUGGGAAAAUGAAGAAUUUUAGAAUGGUCUAUCCAUUCUCUAAUGCUACUCUUAAAGAAGAGACCACAAUCCCCUGGGCUUACUAUAAAUCUACCCCUUAUGUCUAUUCUGAAGAGGAAGAAAGACAGGAACGUAUAAAAUUCCAUCUACGUGUGUUCUCCCUGGUGAUCUAUUCUUUGGCUUUCCUACUAGGGACAACCGGGAAUGGUCUGGUCAUCUAUUUUACUGCCUUUGUAAUGAAACGGACUGUCAAUGUUGUGUGGUUUCUUAAUUUAGCCAUAGCUGAUUUUAUCUUCACGUUUUUCCUGCCGUUGAGCAUUACCUAUGCCUCUCUUAACUAUCACUGGCCUUUUGGAAAAUUCAUGUGCAAGCUGAAUAGCACUAUUCUAUUCAUCAAUCUGUACGCCAGCAUCUUCCUGCUCACCAUGAUCAGCAUUGACCGAUUCAUCUCCGUCGUGUUUCCUGUUUGGUCUCAGAAUCACCGAACUCCGAAGUUGGCCUCUUUUGUAGCCGUGGCAGUAUGGAUCCUAGCAUUCAUUUUCAGUUUACCUUAUUUUAUAUUCCGAGAUAUAAACGAUGCUGAAAAAGAUCAUAUCUCCUGCUAUAACAACUUUCACGAGGAUGAAGAAGUUGGCAAUUCAAUUCACAAGGCUACACUAAUCGUUCAAUUUAUCGUCAGCUUUUUUACUCCUUUAAUCAUAAUCAUCUCAUGCUAUUCAGUAAUUCUUUUGCGUAUCCAAAGAAAUCACAUGACCCCAUCGAACAAGCCUUUCAAAGUUGCCCUAGCUGUUAUCAUCUCAUUCUUUGUCUGCUGGUUUCCUUACCACGUCUUCAACUUUUUGGAGUUGUCUGCAAAUUAUGGUGAAAAUGAGCACCUUGAAUACAUAAUUUUUGUUGGAAUACCUAUUACCUCCAGUUUGGUUUUUAUAAACAGUUGUAUCAACCCCAUUCUCUAUGUCUUUAUGGGUCGAGAUUUCAAACAGAAAUUCCAUAGCUCCCUCCGGUCGAUAUUUGAGAGAGCUUUCUCCGAGGAAUCUGCCCCUAUAGACUCCAAGAGCAAAACCAAAUCAAAGUCAGUUCCCCAGCUGGUGUGAGACGGGACUAUAUUUUAUGGAACAAUACAUACUAUGGAGACCUUAUGGGCUUUGAGGUGUUUUUUUAGGAUAUGUUCGUGCUAUAAUAUUGUUCCCAAGACUUUGUUAUCUCCAGCAGAGAAUUUUAUGACGUUUGUCAAAUACUGAAUUUGCCAAUUGCUGAAGAAAAUCAUAUCCUGUCUCUGAAUUUUAGAACUACCAUUUACUACCAUUACACCAUAAUUAAAAACAGGUAACAAACAACUGAGAUUACAAGGACCAAUACAUACUUUUAUGCAUGCCAAUUUCUAAGAGAAGAUGUUAGGAGCUGAAUCCAGGCAAUCAGAUAACAUACUUAUAAGGGAACAGACUUAGAGGUCUUUUCCCUACCCAACCUUGUGACUGGACAGUAAACAGAGCUGCUCUCUCUACCUAUCACCAUGUUCCUUCUUAGCACAUGAGCACAACAGACCAGCUCCUUGUAUUGUAUCUCCAACUUCCAGUCUGAGCUCUGCUAUAUAAUGGAUUGCAAGAUGCUGAUGCCACAUCAGGUUUCGGGUGCUUAAGUUGAAAUGUUGUAUUAUUAAAUACAGAACUGCAUUAAUUUGUGUCUAGCCAUAUUUCAGCUUUAAAAUAAAUAAAGUUAAAAUAAAGUUAUCACAGA